AUGAGAGUGAAGCUGGUCAACCUCAACGAGGAGCAGAUUCGAACCGGCGCGGAUCAGCACCGUGGGUCUCUCGACGAUUGCUACAACGUGGAUCAGUACAAGGAGCUGCAUCACAACAUUCUUCCUGAAGAGACUUUUAACAUCUACGCGCGGAGCAAGGAUUUUCCAUCACAGGCGCUGUGGAGGAUUCUCGCUGUGAAGGUCAUGAUUCAGCUGGCGCACCAGAAUGCUGUUUUCCGUAUCGAGGGCGAGCACAAGAAAGCGAAGCUCCUCGCAGAGAAUCAUUGCUUGCGGAAGCAGAAUGGGCUGAAGGACGUCCGCAACGCCGAGCUUCAGGCCCAAGUGCGUGACCUGCAGAGCGACAACAAGAGUCUCCUGGAGCAGCUGGCGCAGCUCAAGGCCGAGUUGGCCGCUCUCAUGGUUUCUUCUGCGGGCAACGUUGGCGCCGACAAGUCUGCCGCAAGAGUUGCGGGCUCCUCGAAGAUGGAGAAAGGUGGAGCUGGCCCAUCAACCCCAGAGCCAGCUGCACCUACACCAGAUAUUGUCUACUUCGACAGUGUAGUGAGGCCGUGGCGUGACAGCACAACAGUGGCAGAUGCAUGGGCGCCGUGGAACAAGACUAGCUUCCUUGUGGAAGGCCAAACACUGCGUGCUGUUGCAGAGAACGCAGGAUUUAUCGUUAAAUGGGCACAUUUCAAGAGGGGUGAGGAAAUCGAGGAAGACAAAGGCAAGUUCAAACCCACCGUGCGUCUGGGUGCCAAGGAUGGCACAUGUGAAAAGCAGCUGCGUCGCAUCCACAAAGCUAUGUUAGCGGUGGAAAAGUUCAGGGUGGAUGACUCGGUGGAGGCGACGACCGAGGCGGUGAACGUGCUCGAUGAGGUGCUGUUCUAG